AUGCGGCCCGCCGCGCUGCUCACGCUGCUGCUGGCUGGGGCCUGGGCUGCCGCCGCCCAGGAGCGCCUCACCGCGGAGCCUCUGUCGCCCAACAUGCCUUGGAACGCCUCCAUCACCGUAGACUUGGCGGCACGUAAAGAUAUUAGCUCCGUGCUCUUCGGCAUCUUCUUCGAGGAGAUCGGCCACGCCGGCGACGGCGGGCUGUACGCUGAGAUGGUGCAGGACCGAAGCUUCGACGCGCUCGCCGCCGCCACCGGCUUCCUCGCCUCCCCCGCCUCCCGCCUGCCGCUCGACCUGCCCGCCCUGGCGGCCCGCCACCGCCACCCGAUGCGCCCGCUGCACACGCCCUGGGACAAUCCCUCCAACAAGACGCACAGCAGCAAGCGGGAGUAUCUGGAGGAGCGGCGGCGCGACGCUGCCUACGAGCCGCGCAACGACAUCAUUGUGGCGUGGCAGCCCAUCCCCGGCACCACCGCGGUCCUGACCAAGGAGCAGCCACUGAACCCGCGCAACCAGGUGUCCAUGGAGCUGACCGCGGGGCCAGGCCCUCGCUCCGGCAUCGUCAACUUUGGGUACUGGGGAGUGCAUGUGCAGCAGGGCCAUUCCUACACCGUUUCCCUGUACCUUCGCACUCCAGACACCACCACCAAGAGCGUGACGGUCUCUCUGGUGAGCGAGGACGCCGCCACACACUACGCCAACCUCACCUUCCACGGCGUCGCCUCCGGCUGGCAGAAGUACUCGGGAGAGCUGGUUUCCAGCGCCACAGACACCAACGCCCGUGUGGCGUUGCUGUUUGAGGGGCCCGGUGCCCUGGCUGUCGACUCCGUCAGCGUCUUCCCCUCUGAGAAUGUGGCCAAGGGGGCGGGCAUGAUGAACCCCUGGCCCUUCCGCGCAGACCUGCUGGGGGCGCUCAAGGCGCUGCAGCCCGCCUUCCUGCGCUUCCCCGGCGGCUGCUACAUCGAGGGCGACUGGAUGCGCAACGCGUACCGCUGGAAAGAUUCUCUGGGGCGCAAUGAGGAGCGCAGCGGGCACAUGAACGGCGUCUGGGGCUAUUGGUCCACGGAUGGCCUGGGCCUGUUUGAGUACAUGCUGCUGGUGGAGGAGCUGCGCACAGAGCCGAUCUGGGUGGUCAACAAUGGCGUGGCGCAUGGGGACAGCAUCCGCGCUGCCGAUGUGUGGCCCCUGGUGGAGGACACGCUGGACUCUCUGGAGUUCAUCUCGGGCCCGCCAGACAGGCGAGCUGCCACCUGCAUGCAAGGGGGCACACCGCGUCGAGGGGCCAAGUGGGGUGCUGUGCGCGCCGCCAUGGGCCACCCUGAGCCCUGGGAAAUCAACUUCAUGGCCAUCGGAAACGAGGACUGCGGCAAGUGGAUGUACCUGCAGAACUACCUGCUGUUCUUCGGCGCCGUCCGCGCCCGCUACCCGCACAUGCGCCUGAUCUCCAACUGCGACAUGGGCCAGGACGCGCCCACAGACCUGUGGGACUGGCACGUGUACACCAACCCGCAGUCCAUGUUCAACCUGCGCCACGCCUUUGACGGCAAGACGCCACAGAACUCGCCCUACAUCUUCGCCAGCGAGUACGCGGUGACCGACGGCGGCGGCUGGGGCAACGUGGUGGGCGCGGUGUCCGAGGCUGCCUUCAUGACUGGCAUGGAGCGCAAUGGAGACAUUGUGACGCUGGGCGCUUAUGUGAGUGUGCCACCGGGGCAGCAGGCCGCUGUGCUGUGCCUGCAGAAGAGGGCCCCGCUGUUUGUGCACUGGAACAACCGCCCCUGGCCCACAAACAUGAUCGUCAUAGACAACAGCAGGUGGUUUGGAAUCCCCAGCUACUACGUGCAGCAGAUGUUCCGCCAGGCGCAGGGCACCGCCUACUUGGACACAACCGUGUUCACUGACCCGGCCUCAGAGGUGCAUGAGGAGAAGGUGGCGGCGUCUGCCACCUGCCAGAGCACUGCCUGCGACCGCAUCGCUGUGAAGAUCGUCAACUUCAGCUCCUACCUGCAGCGCAUCGCAGUCCUCCUGAGCGGCCGCGACGCUGCAUCUGUGGCGGGCGAGGGGGAGAUGGUGUACCUGUGGUCGGCCCACCCUGAGGACGAGAACAGCUUUGACAACCCAACCAAGGCGAGCGCGCACGAGUUGGGAUGUUUGUUGAUGCUGGCUGCUAUCGCGCCCGCCGCAGCCGCCGUGGACGGCCUAUCCUCCAAGUUUGUGCUGCCGCUCAAGCCCUGGAGCGUCAACAUCCUGCAGCUGCGACUGGAGCCCAGCCCCAGCCCCAGCCCCAGCAGCGGCCUGCAGGCCAGCGGCAGCGGCGGCGCGGCCGACGUGGCUGCUGCGUGA